AACAAAUUAAAGACCUCAAACAAAUAAUGACUUUAUCAUCCGAGUCCCCUGAAUGCGCGGCCGUUAUGAUCUAGCAAAUUUCAAUAUAUCAUACAUGACUACUAAUGGUGGUGUGAUAUGCUGUUACGUGAGCCAAGUUGGCAAAUUGAAGGUUGUGAUUAAUGCUUUCGGGGAAAACAAGACUACAAGAGUGUCUCGUUGAAAGCGCUUCAUUUGUUCAAGUUGUUCGUGCUGAAUGAAGAGAAGCAACGUGGAGUUAUUGAUAUCCUAAGGUUGAAAAAGACAAAGCUUCUCUAGUUCCUGAGUCGGAGAAAUCAGCUUGCUGGAUCAACAAGUACUAUCGUAUCUCCUUGCCAGAACAAUUCAAUAUGUUUACAACUAAUGCAGCUUGAAAAUAAAUAGUUUGGUUGAUGUUGAUUUUGUGUUGCAUUAUGUAUGUACAUGUGAUUUAAUUAAACGGGCUCGACGACGGUGUUCUGCGGCGGUUCCGACAAAAGCCCCUCCACAAUAACGUCGCUUGGUGCUCGUUUAUGGCGCCGUCACAUCCUGACGAAUCUCCACCGCGGAUUGCUGAAUGUUUUGCCGUUUUGUGUUCUAGUUCUAGCUUAGAGGAUGUGCUACAAAGGCAUUAGUGAUGGCAUCUUUGGAAAUAAAAUCUGGUGCAUUGGUUUCUUUACAAGACCUGCGCCCAUCAUCUCCUUUUUUUGAGCAAGGUGCUUCGCUCAGAAUAACUGGAAAGUUGCACGAAUACUCUAUAGAGACAGGCCUAGCAACAAUUAUUGAUGGUGAUGACAUUCUAAAAGUUAGUACCAAACAUCUGAGGGACCUUACUUUUCAAGUUGGCUCUGUCUACCAAUUCAUUAGUGAACUCCUUAUCCAAGCUGUAAUGAGGGAGUUUUGCAAGCACGUGUUGGUAGAAACGUUGAUGGGAUUGAUCUAAAUCUUUAUCAUCAGUCCCUGCUGUUUUUAAGACAGUUUCAAGCCAAUCAUUUAAACAAUCCAGCAACUGCGUAGGAGUAUUUGAACACAAAAGUCGCCAUGCUAAUAUAAAAAUACUUUAUUCUCAUAAUAUAAAGAAAGAUGAAAGGUUGCUCCGUAAACUAUUUUCAUAGCAAUAUGCUAUACAGAGAUACUGAAUGCCUAGGCAUUUCUAUGUGUUUUUCACAUGAAGGCGUGGUGUUCUGCAGACUACAGUGCUCAUCAUGUAAACAGAAUCUUAACAAUGUUCACGAUGUCAUUUCAUUUUAUUUUAUUCUCACUUUUUUUGGCUGCAAAAGGGUCAUGGCAUCAAAGAUCGUUAGGUAUGAGUUAGGCUUAGCUGGGAUGCUUCACGGGGGCAUUUAGUUUUUCAUGUGAAGCUAUGCAACAAACUUUGACCAUCUCUUGUUUUGCAACCUUAAAAACUAGGUGAGGGAGGGGGAGGGGUGGUGGUAUAUUUAAGGCAACAUAGAAGAUAUUUUAAUACAUGUCAGCUGUCUCUUUUUUGUGUUACAUUACUAUUUCAACUUCUCUGUAGCAUUUGUAUUCUACAUGGUCGUACAUAUUUCCAUGUGCUGCAUUGUGGUGAAAAAGGCACAACUCAACAUACAAAUUACCAAGAAAUUCUCACAUUAUUAUCCACCACCCAUACAAAAUUCUGGGUGUUGAAUUUGCAAAUUUAUGUUGACAUGCAAUGAUUUGCAGAUGAAGAUGCAUAUCUAUCUUGUAAUGAUGGAAUAUAUGUUGGUUCUAUGCCCCA